AUGAAUGCAAUCAAAGUAUGGGCGAGAUGGCGACCUCUCAAGCCGAGUGGAUCCCAACAAGGAGAAAUUAUGCGCGAAUCUGACCAGGAUCGUAAUAAUCAACAGUCUCGGAUCUCGAUCGCCUCAUCCGUCCAAGCCCAAUCACUUUCAAGCCGUGAACGGUCCUGGAAAAGUGGUUACUCAUUUGACGGAGUCAUUGAACCUGAUGAGAACAAUCACAUAGUAUACAAUUGCAUUGUUGCACCAAUCAUAUCCGAGGUGCUGCAGGGCAAGUGCUACAAUUUUUUUGCAUAUGGGCACUCAGGCAGCGGCAAAACGCAUACCAUGAUCGGUUACGACUUUGAACAUGACGACGAAUUUGGCCUUUGCUUAGCAGCUGCACGCCAUCUGGCUAUCGAGCUCGAUAAAAUCCGCGCAGAGGAUAGCGCCUACCAAUUUGGCAUUGGCCUCCGAGUGUACGAAUUACGAAAGAAUAGCGCUUUUGAUUUACUCAAUAAUCGAAACGAGUGCUUUAUACGCGAGGGUGCCGAUCGACGGGUUUACAUCCGAGGCGAUACAGAAAUACUAGAAAAUGGGAAAGUGAGGGUCCGACCAAUUGUCACCAGGGCGUGCUGGAAAUUUGAAGAGCUACAAAGGGAGCUACAGGAAGGACUGAAGCACCGCAAGACCGCAGCAUCAACGGUACAUGACCAAAGCUCGCGCACGCAUGCAAUUGUUGAAAUGGAAAUUAUUACCAAAGAUCUUCUCAAUGCGCGUAACGAGGUGGUUGAGCGGCAAUCAGAGCUUGUUCCUGUCGGCAAACAUGCGACAGAUGUGUAUAUCGAGGAGCAAAGUCGCGCAGUGGUUCAGACUGAAGAUGGGAAAUACAUCCCAAAUCCUAACUAUAAAGUGAACCAGCAACGCAUCGAUGCUGCGGAGACAAAGAAGGCCGAGUUUGAAUCUCGUGUGAAAAAGGCAGAAGAGCACGAAGAAGAAGUUUUUGCUGUGACUGCUCGUGCACAUCAAUGUACCGGCGGAAAGCUUGUUUUUGUGGACUUGGCCGGUGCCGAGUUUCUUUCUGGCACAGCUGGAACUGGGCUCAGACAAACUCCUCAGGAGAAACAACAAGGGAGGCAAAUUAACACAGACCUUCUCGCAUUGAAGGAAGUGAUCCGAGCCAGAUCACUGGCUCGAACGCGUAUCCCCUACCGGUCCUCUCCAUUGACUAUGGUGCUACGUGAGCACUUCGAGGCAUCAAAUGAUGCUCAAUCGUCAAUGAUCCUGACUGUCUCGCCGGGGGCAGAUCAAUAUGCGGCGACGAUGAACACAUUGAAGUAUGGGGAUUUGGUAGGCUUAGCAAAUGGGCAUAGGGGAUAA